AAUCUGCCGAAAGGUGUAGAUGGUCAAGCUGUGCUGAAUUUCUUCAACGAGUUCGUUGGCGAGGUCAUGUAUCUGCGAAUGGCUACUGGUCCUGAAUCACUUCCUUGUGCGUAUGCUUACAUUGAGUUUACUAAUCAGACAUCUGUGCCUAUUGCUCUUCAGAAUAAUGGCAUCGAUUAUGAAGGCAGACCUCUCCGAAUUCAGCACUCGCGAGUCGCUAUAAUCAAGCCUCAAGCUAAAUCUGCCGAUCAAGCAUUGGAAGAGGUAGAAGAAGCCAUCCGAAUGGGAAAGAAUGGACGAUCUCGCUCUCGUUCUCCUCUUCGCCGUCGCCGCACACCAUCACCUCGCCGAAAAAGCAGAUCUCCUCGUCGCCGUAGAAGCCGCUCGAAGUCGCGAUCGCGCGAUAGGAAGAAGGAGAAAGAAAAGGAUAGGAAGGAAAAGAAGAGGAGUAGAAGUCGCGACAGGAAAAAAGACAAGGACAAGGAUAGUAAAAGUGACCGCAGCUCAGAUCGAAGAAAAGACAAAGAGAAGGACAAGAAAGAGAAAGAUAAAUCCAAG